CGACGCUCCGAUGGGUAGGCCUCUACUGGAUGCUUUUCCCAUGGAAAGAGACGGCAUGCAGUCGCGUCACCGGCACUGUGGAGGUCGAAGAGACCACUCGAGUUUUCCGCAGUCACUGUCCCUCUUCGCAGCACAAGGAUGGCGACCUCCACCGAGAUUGACAUCCCUCACAGCGAUGCGACCGUCAUCGUAAAAGCACUGAACUCUAUAGACUCUGAGAAGUCCCACAUCCCGGCUGCUCUGUUUAUGUCGCCUGUGCUCCCCGGGCGAGAGGAGUACUGGUUCCCCGACUUCUCUUUCCUCAUCGAGAACCCGGCGCUUGGAAGACGUGUCAUGUUUGACCUUGGGGCGCGCAACCCAGCGACAUACCCUCCACCCAUUGCGCAGCAGCUUGAGCUGCCCUUCGUUCAGUUUGUGGUCAACGAGAUUCCGGACCAGUUGAUCAAGGGGAAUGUCGAUCUCAAGAGCAUUGAUACGGUUAUCUGGAGCCACGCCCAUAUGGACCAUAUAGGGGAUACUACGAGGUUCCCUCCUUCCACAGACCUCGUGGUUGGUCGAGGCAUGCAACUCAAGCUCUAUCCCGACCACCCGGAGUCCGGACUAUUUGAGAAGGAUAUCAGUGACAGAAACGUGCGCGAGCUAACCUACGGCGGUCUCAAAAUAGGAGGCUUCGACGCGCUCGACUACUUUGAGGAUGGAAGCCUCUACUUGCUCGACGCUCCCGGACAUGCACCUGGACAUACGUGUGCUCUCGCACGAGUUACUCCGACCUCCUAUGUCCUUCUGGGCGCAGACAUCUCCCAUCACCCUGGUCAUUUCCGUCCGUCGGCCUCGCUGCAUCAGACCAUCGCAUGCCCCAGCCAGAUCCUCGCGGCCGCUCGUAGGGCUAUCUCUGGCGAGCACUUCGGCGUGCAGGACCCUUCCCAACCAUUCGAUCUCGCCAAGCGCACGACACCCAUGUUCGACAUCGCGGACGGUGGCGCGUACGAGGACCCACCGACAGCGAGGGAGACCCUCCAAAAGCUAUUGGCUUUCGACGCCCACCCGGACGUUCUGGUGGUCAUUGCGCAUGACCUAACACUCGUUGGCCACCUUCCUCUGUUCCCGAAGACGAUCAACGACUGGAAGAAGGAUGGCCUGAAGGAGAAGGUGACCUGGGCCAGCUUCGAACCGGGUAACAGAGCUUUUAGGUAUAGCAGCAUCAAUGUCGGCUCCAAGGCAGCGCCUUGAGUCUGUGAAAUUCAAGCACAAUUGCCUCAACGACGACCAUUCCCAUCCACGUACUCCCGUCCUGACGUACUCAAACUGUAAAUCUCGAUUCAAUGUACCAUGCAAUGCAUGACCUAUCUAGUAAGAAUACAAUUGGACGCCGAUUGUGUGCAG